CCGCUACGAAAUCGAAAUCGAAACCUAAGGGAAAAGGCAAAGGGAAAGCGGUUCUCUCGGAAAGUGAGAAUGAGGACGACGACCCUCCUCGUUCGAGGUCACCUAACCAAGGCAGCCAUUUUCCCGAGGACGAAGACUCUCGAUGUGACAGUCCCAAGAGGGAUUCUGAAGUCAUUUCAGCCCCUGAGGCAAUUGAGAAGCUUCUCCCGCAAAGCGUACCUGCCCCACCAAAGCAGACUCCGUCCACCACUCUCAAGUCACGCGCUUUCACCAUCAAAUCCAAAUCGACGCCAAUGUCUGAGCUCAUCCGGCGUGUCAACUCACAACCAAAUUCACCGUUCUCAAAUAGCCCUUCCUAUUCGCCAUUGGUGAAGUCUUCGCGAACGAUGCUUUCGCGGAUUGCACCGCUCCACCCCAACCGACGGACUCCUCCACCACCAUUACCGAGACCACCCCCACCGAAGAAGAGCAAGAAGCAAAUAGAGAUGGAGGAGCGUAUCGAGGAGGAGUUAUCGGAGACUAUUGAGGGAUGGUCGUGUAUGACUGACGAGGAGAGGAAGAACUUGCGGAGAGCGCGAAUUGAUGCUGAGUUGGGUUAUGAAUGAUUCUGAGUCGUGUAUUCUUAUUCCUUAUCAUGCCGUUUAAUUUUUUAUUACUAUGUAUUGUGCAACUUUAUGGACAACUUGUAAUAACCUUGC